AUGGCAGCUGUGAUUCAUCCUUUCGCGGAACACAUAAUAUAUUUCAUGCUCUUCUCAAUACCGAUAUUGACCACAGUGUUCACCGGAACUGGUUCCUUAGUAUCCUUAACUGGUUAUAUUCUGUAUAUUGAUGUCAUGAACAACAUGGGUCACUGCAACUUUGAGCUCAUUCCAAAGAGGCUCUUCUCCAUCUUCCCUCCUUUAAAAUAUCUCAUGUACACAGCUUCGUUUCAUUCACUACAUCACACCCAAUUCCGCACCAAUUAUUCACUUUUCAUGCCUAUAUAUGACUAUGUCUAUGGAACAAUGGACAAGUCCACGGACGCUGUAUACGAGACUUCACUUGAAAGACCUGAAGAGUCACCAAAAGUGGUACAUCUAACCCAUCUGACCACAUUGGAGUCCAUCUAUUAUCUUAGGCUAGGAUUUGCCACCUUGGCCUCCAAGCCCCACACUUCCAAAUGGUACUUGUGGUUGAUGUGGCCUAUGACAUCUUGGUCCCUGAUCAUCACAUGGAUCUAUGGAAAUACGUUUGUUGUAGAGGCAAACACAUUCGUAAAGCUCAAAUGGCAGUCUUGGGUGGUUCCAAGAUACACUAUACAAUACAAGUUACAAUGGCCAAGGGAAGCAAUCAAUAGCAUGAUUGAAAGAGCCAUACCAGAUGCUGAAAUGAAAGGAGUUAAGGUGCUAAGUCUAGGCCUACUAAAUCAGGGUGAGGAACUUAAUAGGAAUGGUGAGCUUUACAUCCAAAGGUACCCUCAGCUGAAAUUAAAUCCGGUGGAUGGAAGUAGUUUAGUAGUGGCUGUCGUGCUAAAUAGCAUUCCAAAAGGAACAACCGAAGUGCUCCUUAGAGGCAAACUUACUAAGGUUGCUUAUGCCAUUGCCAAUACUCUAUGUGAAAGGGAUAUAAAGGUGGCAACAUUAUACAAGGACGAGUAUGAGAAGCUUCACUUAAGGCUUACCACCAAGAUGAAAAGUAACUUAAUACUUUCAACAAGUUAUGCUCAGAAGACAUGGUUAGUAGGAGAUGGAUGGACCGAAGAGGAACAACUGAAGGCAUCAAAAGGAACAUUAGUCUUUCCUUUUUCUCAAUUCCCACCAAAGAAAAUGAGCAAAGAUUGUUUCUAUCAUAGCACACCAGCAAUGAUCGCUCCCAAAUCUCUUACGAACAUUCACUCUUGUGAGAAUUGGCUAUCAAGAAGAGUGAUGAGUGCUUGGCGUAUUGCUGGGAUAUUGCAUGGUUUAGAAGGAUGGAAUGUGCACGAAUGUGGGGACUCCAUGUUCAACAUCGAGGAGAUAUGGCAAGCAAGUCUUCGACAUGGUUUCCAACCAUUAACGAUGCCCAACUGAUCAUGCUUAAUUUGAGCUUGCUCUAAUAUAAAUAAGAGUGUAUAUCUAUUUGCUUAAAAAGAUUUUUAAGAAGAUAGAUUUGACACUAUAUUAGAAUUCUACAAUAAAUA